AUGGCCUCCGCAACGAGCUUUUACGACUUCAAGCCCAAAGACAAGCGCGGCAGCACCUACGACCUCAACAAGCUCAACGGCAAAGUCGUCCUCAUCGUAAACACGGCGUCGAAAUGCGGCUUCACCCCGCAAUUCGCCGGUCUGGAGAAGCUCUACAAGGACCUGAAAGCCGCACAUCCCAACGACUUUGAAAUCAUCGGGUUCCCCUGCAACCAGUUUGGCGGCCAGGACCCGGGCUCCAACGAUGAGAUCCAGGAGUUCUGCCAGCUGAACUAUGGCGUGUCGUUCCCCAUCUUGGGCAAGGUCGACGUCAACGGCGACAAAGCAGACCCGGCUUUCGAAUGGCUCAAGAACGAGAAACCCGGCCUCAUGGGCUUGAGGCGCGUCAAGUGGAACUUUGAAAAGUUCCUGGUGGGCCGUGAUGGCAAGGUCAAGGGCCGCUGGGCGAGCACCAAGAAGCCCGAGGACUUGAAGGCCGACAUUGAGAAGGAGUUGGCUGCCAAGGCGUAG